GAGCGCGGGGCGGUCUCCCGAGCCGCGGCAGGUGAGCGGCAGGCGCGAAUGGCGGAGCAAUGGGAUCUGGACGAGGAGAGCCUCCGCCGCCUGGGGGCGCUGACCCUCGAGCAGCCAGAACUGGUGGAGUCUCUUUCAUUGCAGGGAUCUUAUGCUGGAAAAAUCCAUUCUAUUGGUGAUGCCUUCAGAAAUUUCAAAAAUCUCCGGUCCUUAGAUUUAUCAAGGAAUUUGAUUACUAGCCUAAAGGGCAUCCAGUAUUUAUGUUCACUCCAAGACCUAAACUUGUAUUACAACAAUGUCCCUUCGUUAGUGGAGGUGUCCCGACUACAGCCCCUACCCUUCCUCAAAGAACUAGAUUUGAGACUCAAUCCUGUUGUGAGGAAAGAUACAGAUUAUAGGCUUUUUGCUGUGUACACACUGCAAACUCUGGAAAAGCUGGAUGACCGAACCGUCCGUGACAGUGAGAGGAAAGCGGCCAAGCUGCAUUUCAGUCAGUUGGGCAACAGUGAAAAUUUUCUUUUAGAGGUGGACAAAAGCUCUAGGGAGAAGACACUGAAAACCUGUGUGACAGAUGAGGGCUCUGCAUCAAAAGUUAACCCUGAGGUUGACACCAGGAUGGAAACAGAUUCAAACAAAGGACUUUUUAUCCCCUUCCCCAACCGGGAAACAAAGGAUUCCCUAGGCAGCCCUUCUGCAACCCAGGCCAGCAGCAACCCAGCUCAGAAAUUAGACGUCUUUCCACUGGGGACACAGAUGCAAGAAGCAACAAGGAGGCAGACAAGUGACCCCCACCAGGAAGAUGGAUUAGAAUUCAGACACUACUCGCCUCGUCAAUCCACAGUCUGGUCUCCAGAGAAGAUGGCUAGAGAUGGAUACCGAGUAUCUCUUUUAGACACCAAGUCUUCAGGCUCUUCUCCAGAAAAGGACUUGACACCAAAACCCGAUGUGUACCCAUGUACCCGUGAUGCCUCGCUGGGUAAACGCCUGGAUGUGGGUGACUCUAACCUGAUCCUUCCCUGUCAGUUACCUUCUGAUGGUUUUCUGGCCCAAUAUGAGAAUCAUUAUUCUCAGACUCGUUCCCUGCAUGGAAGUCUUGCCAAAAAGCCUCCAAAGAGCAAGUGCUACCGAGAACAUAGCAUGAAGCCUUCACAUGACAUAAAGGCCACCUCAUCCCAUCCCUGUGGAGACUUACUGACAUCCCUGUCAAACCCUGACUCCAGCACAGGAAGGCUUCUGAAGCUUAGCUCAGAGCUCUAUGCCACAACCCGUUUCAACAGUGACCCCGCUCUGCUGGCCAGCGUAGAGCAACAGUUAUCCAGCAGCCUCAGUGAUUUUGCACCAGCACCUGGUUCUCUCCCAAGCAACCCUGUUCUAGGAAACUCUGUGCGGACACUGCUGCUGCCUCCCGGGACUCCAGGAAACAAAGAGAUUCAAACUAAGAGGGCAUUAAGCCCUUCAAGGAGAGGAUUCAAGCGGAAGGACAAUAUCCUUGCCAACCUGAACCUGAAGCAUGGUUUCCAAGAUGCUACAGGCAGCGAGGUGCAACCUCUCUCCACUGACCUGGGCAGUUUGCAUGGUUUACCAGGAAACCAUAGUCCCCCGAUCUCUGCCAGAACCCCCCAUGCGGCCACUGUCCUCAGGCAGCUGCUGGAGCUGGUGGAUACACACUGGGAUGGCCCCGGCUCCCUCCUCCUCAACAAGAAGUUUCUGGGUCCUGCCAGAGACUUGCUCCUGUCUUUGGUCGUGCCUGCACCUCCUCAGCAGUGGUAUCGCUCACAGCUUGAAGACAAGGCAGGGAAAGCAGUCCGCUGGAGGGAGAGUGAGCUGAAAGAAGCGGGGCAGCUGGUCCCUAAUGACGUGGAAAGUUUGAAGCAAAAGCUGGUCAAAGUGCUGGAGGAAAAUCUUGUAUUGUCAGAAAAAAUUCAGCAGUUGGAGGGAGCUGCUGCCACCUCACCUGUGAGUGGGCACCCACCUCAAACACAUGAUGAUCUUCUCCGCAAAAACCAACAGCUGACCGUCCAGGUGGCUUGCCUGAACCAGGAGCUGACUCAGCUGAAAAGGCUGGAGGAGACAGUUGCCCUUCUCCAGGAGAGUCAGAGAUCCCUGGUGGUAACUAAUGAGUAUCUGCUGCAGCAACUGAAUAAAGAGCAAAAAGGUUAUCCCGGGAAAUCGCUCCUGCCUCCUGAGAAAAGCCAUCCUCUGGGGAGAUCGUCGCCCUUUGGGAAAAGCACGUUGUCGUCCUCACCGACGGCACACGACACGGGUCAGUAUCUAAUACAUAGUGUCUCAGAAGCUGACCCCGAGCCUAGUUUGUGGAGCUAGCACUGAAUCCUUCACCACCAGCUCCCUUUGACCCGUGGAGGGCUCUCAGUGUCAUUGUCACGGUGUUGGGUGGUGGCAUUUACCCCCAAAGAUUAAGA